UUAUAGCAUUAUGGCAUUCCAACAAGAAGACAAACCAUAGCCCACCUAACUACCCUUCUUCCAAAAACUUUUCACAUUUUCUUAAUCUUUUCUCUCAAUUUCAAAAGAAUUAAUAAAAAAUCUCAAGUACCCUUCAAUCAAAAUCCAUUCUUUUUCCAUUUCCAACUCAAGAAUCAAAGUUUUUUGUUCAUUCUCUAGCAUUACAUUUUUCAAAGAUCAUGUCUUUUUUCUCAGAAACUGAGCAAAUCAAGCUAAGAAAAUCCAGAACUCAUCAAUUCCACCAUAUCAAUGAAGAAGAAUUACCCAGUUCCGAUCCACAUAUAAUCCCACGCUCAUCAAAAUCAACAAUUUCAUCACUUUUUCUCUCCCCAUUUCACAACUCUACAGACCCGCCCACCACCUCCAAGAAAAAGGGCACAUCCUUCAGAGGCCUGGGAUGCACUGCCGGUGCAGCCCAGCAAGUGUCGGUGCCGGCGGUGAUACGGGCAUCGGCUGAAUGGGAGGGUAAGAAGGUGAAGAAGAAGAAGAAGAAUCAUCAACAUAAGUUGAAGAAAGAAGGUGAGAGUAUGUUGCUUAUUAGUGAGAAUGGUAACGGUGGGAUUGGGAAUUGUAUGGUUAUGCAAGAUGUUUGGUGUGGACCGGGGAUUGGGUUUUCUUCUGAUGGUGUUGUUGGGUCUGUAGAUUGUGUUGUGUCUGCUCCUACUGCUGUUAGAAGGAGCAAUGUUAAUGGUAAUAGUAAUGGUGCUUCUAGUAGUAAUAGUAGAGGGAAGAUUGAUUCGGAGAAGAUUAAUCAAAGGGAAAGGGAAAGAGAACGAGAACGAGAGCGUGCUUCUUGUUUAGGGAGGCGAGCAGCAGCGAACCCGGAUACUCUUUCUUUUUUGGAUAGUGAGCCUGCUUUUUUAUCGUCUCGCCCCGAACCAGAAGUAUUUGGAAGUAGGUAUCAUCGUCAUGUUCGACAUCCGUCCCCUGAGGGGCUAGCUGAGAUAAUGUUUCUCCAAAAUAGUUUAAUAAUGGGAGGAAGACUUGAUCGAUUUAGCGACUGGAGAUUGGAUAUUGACCACAUGUCAUAUGAGCAACUGCUCGAGCUAGGUGAAAGAAUGGGUUAUGUAAGUACUGGGCUGAAAGAAGACGAGAUAGGCCGCUGUGUGGGGAAACUUAAACAUUCAAUUGUUAACGACUUGUCAUCACGCUUACCGGUGAUUUUAGAUAAAAAAUGCACUGUUUGUCAGGAGGAGUAUGAAUCGGACGAUGAGCUGGGGAAGCUGGAAUGCGGACAUGGCUUUCACAUACAAUGCAUAAAGCAAUGGCUUGCUCAUAAAAAUAUAUGUCCUGUCUGUAAGACUGAACCAGUCGCUCGAGGCUAGGUAUUCUUUGUCAUCUUCUUUGUUUGCAAGGAUUUACGUGUUGCAGCUUUUUCCAUCUACUCAUGAUGUAUAGAUUUACUAGUAUACAUGGUCAUGAAUUCAUUCAUUGGUGUGAAGGUUCUUCAAAUUUUCUCCUUGAAAUGAUAGGCCGCCCUUUUUAAGGGUAAAAUCAGAAGGUUGAUGCUGAAUGAAGUUUAUAGCACUGGAAUUUUAUGAAAAUCUUUGGUAUUACAGAAUGAUUGAAUGGAACAUGUGCUCCGAUGUUGUUUC